AUGGCCGAUGAUUCAGGGCCCCCUUACACUACCACGACCUCUCAGACUGUUUCUACAUUGACAAAACUCCACUGCUCAAUCACAUUGUCACCAACAGAAGUAGAGGUGAGCCCCGCGGCCGACCGUUUCUACACACCAACAACCACAGAUCUAUCGUAUGUGGAGAAAAAGAGGACAUCAGCAUCACCGUUUAAGCCGCUGCAACUCAAAAAUUCAACCCCCACAGACGUGGCGUCGCAGUACGCUACGAUGUGCAACAUUUUCCUGUUAUCUUAG